UCACUCCCGCACACACACACAGACACACAGAGACACGGCCAUACAUGCAGGAGGAACCAUGCCAACGAUGCAUUCAUAGCCCGGUUAUGAAGAACCAUCGCACUUUGUAUUUGUUGCCAAUUUUGGCUCUUGCAAGUUUGCCCCCCACAAUAGCAGGUUCUCUUCGCCCAGUGCUGUCUGGUCCCGACAGAGCCUACCUCAACACCAGGGUGGUCUUCCAGUGUUCUGCCCCCGGCUUGUCCUCCAAGGUCAUCUACAGGCUGGUCAGAGAUCGUCGUAACGUGGUCGGCACACACGUCGUCCACAAAGGGGACCAAACUGCCACGUUUCCCCUGAAAGUCAAAGCAACUUCGGGCGGAUCCUAUCAGUGUAAGGCGUCGGGUGGAGAAAGCACAGGAUUCAGCAACAGGAUCAGGCUGACUGUAGUCACUCCACCAGCAAACACCAGAGUGACCUCUGAACGCACCCCUCCGGUUGCCUACGAGGGGUCACACUUUGUCCUGAGCUGCGAUGCUGAACAAGGCUCCCACCUUAACUACAGCUGGUAUUUCAACAGGAAGGAAGUAACGUCAUCAACGUUUGGCUACAGCGUCGCUGGGAACAAACUUGUGAUGAAGAACGUGACUCUGGAGCAGGAGGGAAGUUAUAACUGCAUCGUUUGGUCUACGGUGCAAGAUAUCAGCAGGUAUUCAACCAGCGCAGAGGUCAAGGUGACUGUCAAAGUCAGGAUCUCCAAACCAGACAUCUCCAUAUCCGUGUUCAAGGAUGGGGAUAACUACUAUGGGAAUGUCACCUGCUGGUCAACAAAAGGGAGCCCACCGGUGAACUUUUCUCUAUUAAUAGAUGACAAGGAGGUCAGGUCGGUCACAGCUGCGGAGUCACUUGCAGCCUGGUUUGAUGUUCCUGUUGUAAUCGGGCUGAACAUGGGAGAGGCCCGAUGUCGAGGGAGAACUGAGGUGCAGGACGUGAAGAGUGAGGCCCUCACUCUGGAAGUAGUCCCGGUCGGGGGGGACGUACGAGUGGAAGUGGACUAUCUGUACUCCGCUGAGGCCAAAAUGAGCGCCGCCAAGCUGAGCUGUCACAUCAGCAGGGGGACGUUCCCACUCUUCUCCUGGCUCUUGAAUGACUCUAUUCUUGUGGAGGAUUUCCAACCUCCCACUGUCCUGCCCCCCCAAAAACAAGCCCUCUUCUUAACUAAACUCAGCCGGGAGGAUUCUGGUUAUUACCGCUGCAGGGCCAGAGACAGCUACGAGGACUCUGGGCCGUGGGCCGAAAGUGCAGCCGUACUCCUCCAAAUCACCGAGGAAAUCCUUAACUCAGUGGCUCAAGCAUCAUCCUGCACAGAAAUAACCCAAAACCAUGUUACUGAAGUUAUCACUAUAGUAUUCUGCUGCUUCUUCCUGCUGAUGCUGGCAGUGGCCUCAGCCUGCGUGUGCAAGAUGUCUGACCCCUCCCAAGCUCCUACUAAUGUUUCUGCAGAUAACACAAUAGCAUUUCGUCUCUCUGAACCCGAGUCUCAGUCCGUGGGUUCACAGGCUGACAAUCUGUCAUGUGACGCCCAGAACCAGAUCAUUGAAAUCGCAGUAUGAAGACAUCCAAAGAAGAUCCUGAUCAUUGCUAAUCAUUCUGAAUUUAUUAAGUAACCUAAUUUCUGUUUUGUUAAUGUGACAAAUACAGUAUUCACCCCCUUUGACAUUUUUCAGAUUUUGUUGCCUCACGACCUGGAAUUAAAAUGGAUUUAUUUGGUAGUUUUGCGCCA